GUCCCAACUUUAACCCACCCGACCCUACGGAGUAGCUUCCGCACCUACAGUACGUACCAUGCCAGGCAGCUGCCAGGCAGUCAAAGCGGAACACCGUCAAUUCAAGGGGAGCCAGUGAAGGUCGAUGAGAUUAACUGAGGACAUCACUUUCGUCUCCAGUCAUAGUUCAUUCCAAGAAGCUUGAAGAUGGACCGACCAAGCAAAAGACCAGUUGCUGACAGCGACGAUGAGCCGGGCCGGAGGCCAACGUCGGCGUCACUCACACACCCGAUCAGCCCACCACUGAAGAAGCGUCGAGCCCUUGCGCAAACAGAGAAUGAGCAGCCAAAGCUUGAGAAGCCUGCCGAGGCCCGCGUCCAGCAUACCCGGGUCUUCCAGUCUCCAUUUCACCUGACCAAGAUCCGGGAUCUGCCGCCGGAGACGAACAAAGACACAGUCACUCUCCGGGACAUCCUGGGCGACCCUCUGAUAUCCGAGUGCUGGGAGUUCAACUACCUCCAUGAUAUUGACUUCCUCAUGGGCGCAUUUGACCAAGAUGUUCGCCACCUCGUCAAGGUGCAUGUGGUGCACGGGUUCUGGAAGAGGGAGGAUCCGAGCAGGCUGGAGCUCCAGGAAGUGGCAUCCCGCUACCCAAAUGUCAGCCUCCACAAUGCCUAUCUCCCCGAGAUGUUUGGCACCCACCACUCCAAGAUGAUGGUCCUGCUCCGCCAUGAUGAGACGGCUCAGAUUGUCAUCCACACGGCCAACAUGAUUGUCCGCGACUGGACCAAUAUGACGCAGGCUGUCUGGCUCUCGCCGAGACUACCUCUCCUCAGCGCCCAGCGGCAAGGCGUUGUUCAGGCGGAAGGUAGGAUAGGUAGCGGGUCCAAGUUCAAGAUGGAUUUCCUGAACUACCUGCGCUCCUACGAUACCAGGAGAACUACCUGUAAGCCCCUCAUCGAACAGCUGGAUCGAUACGACUUCUCUGCAAUCAGGGGGGCUUUGAUCGCCAGCGUGCCUGGUAGACAUAAAUUCAGUGAUGCUUCGCCUACAAGAUGGGGAUGGGCGGCCAUGGAGCAGGCCCUCCAAGCAGUACCCAUCUCCCAAGCGUCGGAGAUCGCCAUCCAGAUAUCGUCCAUAGCAACACUAGGACCAACAGACGCCUGGCUCAAAAAUACUUUCUUCCGAGCACUCAGUAGAGGACAGGGGGCUGGCCUACAAUCACCACCAGACUUCAGAGUCAUAUUUCCAACACCGGACGAGAUCCGGAAGUCCCUGGAUGGCUACGCUUCGGGCGGCUCCAUACACACCAAGAUCCAGUCACCACAACAGGUAAAACAGCUACAGUACCUCAAGCCCAUAUUCUGCCACUGGGGCAAUGAUUCCGUGGCCGGCGCAGCGCUGCAAGAUGACGCAGUCAUAAAAGAAGCGGGUAGGAAGCGCGCAGCACCCCAUAUCAAGACAUAUAUUCGCUAUGGCAACAAGUCAGACCAGUCCAUCGACUGGGCGCUGAUGACCUCGGCCAACCUAUCCAAGCAAGCCUGGGGCGAGGCGGUCGGCAGCAUGGGCGAGAUGCGCAUCUCAUCGUACGAAAUCGGGGUCCUCAUCUGGCCCGCAUUGUAUGCGGAAGACGCCACGAUGAAGGCGACGUUCAUGACAAACUGGCCGGCGGGAGGGGAGGAGGAGAAGUCGACGGUGGCAUUGCGGAUGCCAUAUAACCUCCCCCUGCAGCCAUACGGGAAGGGCGAGGUGCCGUGGGUCGCAACAGCGAGUCAUCUGGAGCCGGACUGGAUGGGACGGGUCUGGCGGCAUGAGUAGCUUGCAGUGUCCUCGCUUGCUGCCAAGCUAAUUGCACGGUCAUGCAGGGGCACCAUGGGCAGAGGACUCAGGAACAACGCGGUGGCUCGCUUGCUAUGAAUUUAAACAUCUUGCUGCAGGGCGUGGCUGUGGAACGACGGCCGAAC